AUGCAAGCAGCCAUUGCAGUCGAUCUUUCACCCUCUGCAUAUGACAUGGUCGCCGCAUCCUUGCCUUCUACGCCAUCAGGGUAUGGAAAGCAGACCUCGGAUGCUGAGAAGCUCUCUCAGUUGCCUGCUCCUUCAUCUGUGAAAGCGGCCUGGCAGAAUUCUGCUCAGAAUAGACCUGAUUCACCCUCUGCUUCGUCUCCGCGCGCCCAGAGAAAGCCAUCGCAACGUGUAGUGGCACACCCGAGUGAGUCUUUUGUGCUGCUCCAAGACAGCAUCGUGCGCAAUAUUCCCUCUCCCCUUCCCACGACUCCAUUCGCUAAGAAGGCUUCGUAUUCCAAGACCAAGAGCUAUAAUCCGCCAGCUGCGGCGGCUGCCGUCCAGGAGGAGACCAACCAUCCAAAUCCCUCACCACUCUCACACCAUUUACGGUCCACGCUACGUUUAUUUAACCUCCUGUCCAGUCGUACAGAUCUCGACCACCCUCUGUGUGCAGAAUGUACGGAUAUCCUACUGACAUCACUGACAAGACAGUUAGAGGAGACGAAGAAAGAACGCGAUGGCUAUAUUGCGUUCGAGAAGGAGGUCAAGAAGGAGAAAGAGCGCGAAAGUGAAGGAAUGAGCAAGCAGGAAGCGGAGUUCAAAAUUAGCAAAGUCAAAGAGGAGGAAAAGUUGGCAAUCGAACAGUUGCAGGCCGCAGAGCGUGAGCGAGAACAAUUAGCCGAAGAGUUAAGGGCUCUGGAACUGGAGGAGAAAGCCGUGGAGGAGGAGGAAGCUGAGUUCUGGCGAGCACAUAAUGCUCAUCUAUUAAAGACCGCUGAACAAGCUUCUCAACUUGCGGCCCUCCGGGCAGCUUAUGCUGCCGAUUCCAUGACACUAGAGAAGCUCGAACGUACCAACGUCUACAACGAUGCAUUUUGCAUUGGUCAUGAAGGCGUGUUCGGAACAAUUAAUGGAUUGCGUCUGGGCAGAGUUCCUGGAGUUCCGGUUGAAUGGGCAGAAAUCAAUGCCGCGUGGGGCCAGACACUGCUGCUCUUAUAUACCAUCGCUAGGAAGCUGGAUUUUACAUUUGAGAAUUAUCGACUUGUCCCAAUGGGUUCGUUCUCUCGCAUAGAGAGAACGACUGGAGAUAAAGCUACGUACGAGCUGUAUGGUUCUGGAGAUCUCCACUUGGGCCGACUGCUACACAACCGUCGUUUUGAUUUUGCGAUGGUGGCCUUCUUAGACUGCUUGAAACAAUUAGUUGACUACGUCAAAUCGCAAGAUCCCCAAGUCGACUUCCCGCACCAAAUUGUGAAAGACAAGAUAGGAGAGGCGUCUGUGAAAUUGCAGUUCAGCCAGGAAGAGGCUUGGACGCGUGCUCUGCGGCACGUUUUGCUUGCUCUCAAGAUUUUGCUCAAAUGGACCACUAACGGCAAUAAUGGCUAA